CAUUUGUACAUUUAAAACCUACUAUUAUGCAAUUAUACUCAACUCUUAAUAACCAUACUCUUAGAGAGGUUAGAAGAGAAGUCAAAACGAUGAGUUCUUUUCUUUCUUUGGAAGAAAAAUUUAAAUUAUUAGAAAAACUUACUGAAAUUCUUUCUCCUUUCGAUGAAGCUACACAAUUUUUAAGUGGAUCCAAAUAUUCAAUACUUGGUUUUAUGACACCAAUGUUAGAAGAACUUGCUUGUCAACUUAAGCAUUUAACUGAACUAAAUAAUAAAGCAAGUCUUGUUAGAGACAUGAUCUUGAAUAACUUAAUUGAGCGUUGGGAAGAUCUAA